AUGGUCGACGGCAGCGGCAAGACUGUUACUGACAGGCAAUCAAUCGCAGAUGUUUUUGCGGACUUCUAUGCGCAAUCGUACAAGGCAGAAGAUGCACCACGGCCGUCGGACGCAGGCGAAAAGGAGGACAGCCCCAUACCCGAAUUCACACUAGACCAGCUACGGGCGCACACAAGAAAAUUGAGGCGAGGGAAGUGUAAGGACCAGAGGAGCGUGAUUGCUGAAAUGAUCAAGAUUGGCGGUGAGCAGUUCGACGCGGGGAAGGACUUCAAGCCGCGCCUGCUGUCCACGCUCGUGCGCCAGCUCGAGCGCUACCGCGAGCUGCUUCCCUUGUGGGUCGAGCAGCGCAAGGCCGGACUGCUGCGCUGGGGGAGCAGGGUGCGGGUGCGCUUCACCGGCAGGGUCGAGGUGAGUCCGCCGUUCCGCACGCCGAAGUACUUCGGGCGCAAGCUGCAAUUCAGCGUCAACCACAGGGACUUCGUGAAUGGCUUCUACAACCCCAAGCUCGGGGCCAGCUACAUGAGGUGGCCCUUCGUGCUGCCGUACUCCAGAGAGGCCGACAGCCUCCUGCACUACCCCGACGUCUCGCAGGUCACGGGGAAGCUCGUCGACUGGUACCACGACGCCCCGAGCGACGGCUACGACGGCGCGCGGGUGUACGGGGAGAACACCCUGGAGCUCAAGGGGAUGCCGAUGGGCAAGACACCAGAGUACAUGCAGGAGCGCCUCCGGCGGUUCUUCUCCAAGUUCGGCCCCGUGCGCCACUGCCGCGCCGAGCCGCACCCGCUGGACCCCUACCAGUGCGAGGGCACGGCCUUCGUGAGCUUCCGGGACCGCAGCGCGGCGCUGCGGGCGCUGAGGGCGCCCCUGAAAUUCCCGGCCUCGCUGCACGACAAGGUGGUGAGCAUGCGGCACCUGGACUCGGACAAGGUGAGCGACCCGGACUACCACGAGAAGUGCAAGUUCUGGAACAGGGAGCUGCUUUCGGUGGCCCGCGCCCUCCACGCGCAGCUCGCCGGCGACCCGGAGCUGCGUCGCGACGGGAAGCCCCUGCAGGACGCUGGGGCCGGCCUCUACGAGAGGGAGCUGGUGGCCGUGCCGGGGGGCGCGGGCCUCACCGCCGGGCUCGGCGACGGCGCCCACCAGCAGCCGCCCCCUCGGGGCCGUGCUGGCAUCCCACUGCCGCGCGGCCUCGUUGGCGCACCCACGCGCCUGGUGCCGGCAGGCCCCGCCGUCGGGUGCCGCUUCGGCGGGUGGGCGAACUUCCUCGCCGAGCCGCCCCUGGACGAGCUAUUCGCGAUCGAGACCCCGCCGGCUGGCAGCGGCGACGGCGAGGGCGAAGCGCAGCAGCUCGUCGUGCGGCCGCGACUGGUGUCCAGCAUGCAGCGGGCACGGAUACUCGCGCGCGCGCGCAUCAUGCUCGACCGCCGCUUGCACGAGGAGUUCUCCGUGUGGUGGCGCGCUGGCAGGAUCCCGCUGCCGGAAUACACCCAACGGCGGAUCAAUUGGUGGGACCACAAGCCCACGCUGCCGAUAGACCUACAGAUCAUGUCGCGCCACACGCAGAUCCAUAAGAUCUUUGACGAGAGGUUCCUCUAUAAGGUGCAGAUCCUGAAGGCGCGCAACGAGAAGCGGCGGGAGCGGCGCGCCGAGUGGGCGGAGGAGCGCCAGAAGGUCCUGGCGGACCGGACGGCGGCCAGGCGGCAGAGGCGCGAGGAGGCCCUGAAGGCGGUCGAGGGCAUGGGCUGCAGGUCUCUGCCGGGCCUCUCCGCGGGCCUCGCGUCCACGCCCUGGUCGCCGUCGCCGCGGGCGCCGCGGUCGCCGCGGGACUACCCUAAGAGGCCGCCCCCCUCGCCGAACCUGGCGAGGCCGCCGCCUCUGCCGUAGGGCCGUUCGGGCCGGCCGGGCCUCUCCGCUUCCCUUCUCCUGCGUGCGGUGCUCUACCGCAGCCGGUCAGGGCGCGGGCACGCGUCUGGCUUCUGGGACCACGUCGCGGAGAGCACCAGCCGUCGCGGUCUGAAAGUGUUGCGGCCUGCAUCUCGACAA